AUGGGUCUUCUCAAUCCUUCUCCCCAACAACACAUAUACACCUCUGUAUCCGACUAUCAGGUUCUGCAGCGGGAUUUCACAACCAACACAGCCAUUGUAAAGACAAACAAUGGCACCAAGACAUUGCCUGUGGGAGGACCUUACAGCAUUAAUGGUGCUGAUCAUGUGCUUGUGGGCGAUGUAUGGGUGAUGAGUGGACAAAGCAACAUGCGUGGCAAUGGCUUUUAUGAAGACCCAUGGACCGAUCCACCAACAAGCUAUCUUGAUCAUGUUAACAACAACAUCCACCUCUUUCAAUGCAAUGAAACAUGGACACUAGCACAAGAGCCUACGCAUCGUCUCGAUCAAUCAAUUCGCCAAGUGAACCAUAAUCUCUCUGACCCAUCCGUCAAGGAUCCAAAGUAUCAUUUGUGGCGUGGAUUUUCGCUCGGGACAUCGUUUGCAACGGAGUACAGAAAACAUAUGGACAAUGUGCCUGUAGGUUUAAUUGCAACGGCGCACGGUGGAACAACUUUAAACGAGUGGAGCCCGAGUCUGUUAGAAAACACCACCGAUCCUUACAAUAACACCCUCUAUGGUGCUAUGCUUGCAAGAUUGGAAAAGCAAGAGAACCAAGUUGCUGGAAUUCUUUGGUACCAAGGUGAAUCGGAUGCCGAAAAGACUGAGAAUGCAGAAAGCUACAAGGACAAGUUUGAAAAGUUUAUCACCACCACGCGUGAACGUCUUGAUGCUUCUCGACUCCCCUUUCUCUUUGUGCAAAUUGCACGUCAAGUACAAGGAGGUCAAGACAUUGACAACGAAUGGUCUAUGAUACGCGAUGCUCAACGUCUUGUCAAUGAUGAGUACGAUCCUAAGCGUGUGGGUGCGGUGACCACGAUUGAUUUACCUAUGGAUGAUCGUAUUCAUAUUUCGGCGGUGGGACAAAAGCGAGUGGGUCAACGGUUGGCACGUGCAGCUGCGAAUGCUUUGCUUCACGACACAGCGGGUGCUACAAGCCCCUCAUUGGAUAGUGUAACCUACCAAGAAACAAACGUUGCUGCAAGUGGUGACCCUUCUCAAGGCCGUCAAUACACGCUUCUCGUCAAAUUCAAAAACAUGGAUGAUGAUGCUACUACUUGGGAACAUGUCGAUCGUGUCUUUGGUUUCUCUAUCCGUGACAGCGAGGGUAACAACAAUCCAGCUAUUUACAAAGCGAGAAUCGAGAAUGAUCAAAAGUCCGUGCGUCUCUUUAUCACCGAUGUAUCACUUGAUAGCCUGAAAUCCAAGGAUUUCUUCUUGCAUUAUGGAUAUGGCAUGGAUCCUACCUGCAACUUAAAGACCAAGGAUGAUAUUGGCUUACUCGCUUUUGGUCCAGAAAAGAUCGACUUUUCAGCCAUUUAA